CUCUCUCGCCCGGAGCUCCGGCUGGAAGACAGAAAUCACUGCCCCCAGUGCCAAGAAGACACCGGAGAGAGGCUGGAAUUAAACCCGCCCUCCGGAGGGAUCUCGUUUCCCCCCAAAACCUCCCAUUUUCUGACUCUCUCUCUUUCUCUCUCUCUCUCUCUCUCUUUCUCUCUCUCUCUCUGUUUUCCUCUCUAGUCCCUCUCUCUUCCUUUUUACCUUUAUCCCUCGCCUUUCGCCGUUUCCCCCCACCACAAUCAUGGAUCUCACGGCGAGAUGUUUGUUUCUUCUAUCCUGUCUCGGCGUGAUAUUGGCGAUUGAUUUGGACGCGAUUGAUCCAGACUACUAUGUGGAGCCCACUGCCACAUCAGAGGCCAUCGACUAUAAGGAUCCCUGUAAAGCUGCUGCCUUUCUGGGAGACAUUGCUUUAGAUGAGGAGGACCUGCGAUCUUUCAGAGUGGACAGAGUAAUCGAUUUGGCUCAAAGAACCGUGCACACUUUUAACCACACAGGUUCAACUAAUCAGAGUAGUCAGACUAGACAAGGUUCACGGCGCAGGAAAAGGGCCGCCACCUCCAGACCUGAGCGUGUUUGGCCUGAAGGUGUUAUUCCAUAUGUCAUCAGUGGAAACUUUAGUGGCAGUCAGCGGGCGAUAUUCCGCCAGGCCAUGCGGCACUGGGAGAAACACACCUGUGUGACCUUUAUCGAGAGGACGCAGGAGGAGAGCUAUAUUGUCUUCACCUACCGACCGUGUGGGUGCUGCUCCUAUGUGGGUCGUCGUGGAGGGGGACCCCAGGCCAUAUCCAUUGGCAAAAACUGUGACAAGUUUGGAAUUGUGGUGCAUGAAUUGGGUCAUGUGAUCGGCUUCUGGCACGAACACACUCGACCUGACAGGGACGAACACGUCAGUAUUAUCAGAGACAACAUCCAACCAGGACAGGAGUAUAACUUUUUAAAGAUGGAGCCGGGGGAGGUGGAUUCUUUGGGAGAGGUCUAUGACUUCGACAGUAUCAUGCACUACGCCAGGAAUACUUUCUCAAGAGGCAUCUUCCUGGACACCAUCCUGCCACGCUACGAUGUGAAUGGAGUGCGACCACCCAUUGGCCAGAGAACCAGACUUAGCAAAGGGGAUAUCGCACAGGCACGCAAACUCUACAAAUGCUCCAGAUGUGGGGACAGUCUGCAGGACAGCAGCGGGAACUUCUCCUCUCCUGGCUUCCCCAAUGGAUACUCAGCCUACAUGCACUGCAUCUGGAGAAUAUCAGUCACACCAGGAGAAAAGAUCAUAUUGAACUUCACCUCCAUGGAUCUGUACAGGAGUCACCUGUGUUGGUAUGAUCAUGUGGAGAUCCGAGAUGGAUACUGGAGGAAGGCACCUCUCAAAGGUCGUUUCUGCGGUGAUAAGCUGCCCGAGCCAAUCAUCUCCACCGACAGCCGGUUGUGGAUUGAGUUCCGCAGCAGCAGUAACUGGGUGGGAAAAGGUUUCUCAGCAGUUUAUGAGGCCAUCUGUGGUGGGGAGGUGAAAAAAGACAAUGGCCAGAUCCAGUCCCCCAACUACCCUGAUGACUACAGGCCUAACAAAGUGUGUGUUUGGAAGAUUACCGUUGCACAGGGCUACCACGUAGGCCUUACUUUCCAGUCUUUUGAGAUUGAGAGACAUGAUAGUUGUGCCUAUGACUACCUGGAGGUCCGAGAUGGAAACUCAGAGAACAGCCCUUUGCUGGGCCGCUUCUGUGGCUAUGAUAAGCCAGAUGAUAUUAAAACCAGCUCCAACCAGCUGUGGAUGAAAUUUGUUUCAGAUGGCUCUGUCAACAAGGCCGGCUUUGCUGCCAACUUCUUCAAAGAGAUGGAUGAGUGCUCCAAGCCGGACAACGGUCGCUGUGAGCAACGCUGUGUCAACACACUGGGCAGCUACAAGUGCGCCUGUGACCCAGGCUAUGAGCUGGCUGCUGACAAGCGCAGCUGUGAGGCUGCUUGUGGAGGCUUCAUCACAAAGCUGAAUGGUUCGAUCACCAGCCCGGGGUGGCCCAGAGAGUACCCGCCAAACAAGAACUGCAUCUGGCAGCUGGUUGCCCCCACACAGUACCGCAUCACUCUGCUCUUUGACGUCUUCGAGACUGAGGGCAAUGACGUUUGUAAGUACGACUACGUGGAGGUCCGCAGUGGGCUCUCAGCGGAUUCAAGGCUACAUGGGAAGUUCUGUGGGGCUGAGAAACCUGAAGCUAUUACCUCUCAGUACAACAACAUGCGCAUUGAGUUCAAAUCAGACAACACAGUCUCCAAAAAGGGCUUUAAGGCACAGUUCUUUUCUGACAAAGACGAGUGCUCUAAGGAGAACGGUGGCUGUCAGCAUGAGUGCGUCAACACAUUUGGGAGCUACAGCUGUCAGUGCCGGAGUGGUUUUGUGCUGCAUGAGAACAAACAUGACUGCAAAGAAGCUGGAUGCGAUCACACUGUGAAUAGUGUGAGUGGUGUCAUCACCAGCCCCAAUUGGCCGGAUAAAUACCCCAGCAAGAAGGCAUGCACCUGGGCACUCACCACCACUCCAGGUCACCGUAUCAAAAUAGCCUUCAAUGAAAUCGACAUGGAGGCCCACCUGGAGUGUGCUUAUGAUCACAUUGAGAUCUAUGAUGGACGUGAUGGAAAAGCUCCAAGUCUUGGUCGCUUCUGUGGAACCAAGAAGCCUCCUCCCAUCACGUCUAGUGGCAACAAGCUGUUCAUUCGCUUUUUCUCUGAUAACUCUGUGCAGAAGAAAGGCUUUGAGGCCUCCCAUACUGCAGAGUGUGGAGGUCGCUUAAAGGCCGAAGUGAAGACCAAAGAUCUGUUCUCCCACGCCCAGUUUGGGGACAAUAACUACCCCGGAGCCUCUGACUGUCAGUGGGUGAUUUCAGCAGAGAAAGGCUAUGGUGUGGAGCUCAUCUUCCAGACCUUUGAGAUCGAGGAGGAGGCAGACUGCGGCUAUGACUAUAUGGAGUUAUUUGACGGCGCUGACACCAAAUCUCCACGGCUGGGACGUUACUGUGGCUCAGGGCCUCCAGAGGAGAUCUACUCGGCUGGUGACUCUAUUGUGAUCAAGUUCCGCUCUGAUGAUACAAUCAACAAAAAAGGAUUUCACGUCCGCUACACCAGCACCAAGUUCCAGGACACACUGCAUUCACGCAAGUGACCAGCGGGGGCCGGAAGGGGCCGCGCGGGGCAAAGGGGCAAACGGAGGGGCCCCCAAGGGAGGCGCCAGCCUGACGCUCGGAAACCUUCGGCCACCAAGAUGAAUCAGACACGACAGAACAGCCGCAAGACCACCAACCGCACCUCAGCUCCUAGGGGCUCUAGCUCCCCCCACAGACUGUGAGGAGUAAAGCCAUUCUGCAGUACACCUUGUUUUUACCUUUUUAUGGUUAGGAUUGGGAUGAGAGGAUGAAUGUCCGCCUUAGGUGGACAGUAGGGGAAAAUGUAUUGACCCAGUCCCCUCCAGAUAUUUUUUGGUUUGUUUCUUUUUUUAAAGUGUGCCUCCCAAUGAGAGGCACCGUGGAAAACAGUGGAUUCUCAGGACCUGUAGGAAGGCAGGCAUCAGCUGGACAGAUCUCUGCUUUUGUCGGGCCAGCCCACCACAUCCAGGGGGAGGAGAGGAAGAGGAGGAGUAUGGGAAUGUCUCCUGCACUCCUCAAGAAUUGCUCUCCUCUCCUCACACUCUCAUCCCUUUGGUUCAAGGAUUCCUAUCCAUAAGAGGAUUCGAAGGACUUGACUUGAGAUUUUGAUACUGUAUGUCAGUCAGUUGCAUGUAAUUACAAGGAAAGAAGGAAACUGUACAGUGACAACACCAGCAUUUGUAAUUGGCAUUGUCCUGGCAGCCAGUGGCAAGAUUCUCGUUGUUACCGUUAACAAGGAAAUUAAGGAAGCAGUUAUCUUAUUAAAGGACUAAUAAAUGAAAUGUGGUCCAUGUCUUCUGGUUGGUAAUUGCUUGCCUAUUGACUGGCUUUUACUGUACCUCCAUGUAUAAAAUAAUGUGUAUGAUCUUUCAAAGGGAACAUGUGCUUUUCUCAGCUCAAACCAGUUAGCACUUUACAGUGAAUUGUUCCAAAAUCAUGAGCUUAUGAAUUUUUGUGAAAUGCAAUGCCAGUUCACUUAUUUUUAAAUGCAUUUUAUCUCUCUUAUUCUUCAUUGUUUUUUAAUUGCUCCAUUCAGUUCCUCAGGCAUACUUGAACAUUGUGUGUGCCCUGUAACAUGGGGUAAUAAAGAUAUGACUUAUGUUUCAGUGUUGAUUUACAGUUCUGAUGUAAAAUAAUUUCUCUCCAGAGAAAAUGCCUUUUCUUGGUACAAUGAAGUAUUUCUCAAGAACCAAAUGAGCCUGGGUAUUUAUUGUCAUAGUAGUUACAUUAAUAAUGUAAAAAUGGAAAGGUACUGUUGAAAUUAGCCCUAUAAUUGCCUUCUAAUGUAUAGCCAUUGGUCUAUGUUGAAUAUACUAUGUUGCUCACUCAUUCCUUUUCUCCAUUUAUUUCUCACUUAUCAUAUGUGGGUCUGCAGUAGUCUGCCACAUCUGUUUAAUGUCUGUCCUUUGCUUAUUACAAAAACUGACAGAAAAACAGUUCUUCAUAUAAGUGAAACCAUGUCCUUGCAGUGCACCGAGUGAGUUUAGUUGCAUCAGUACACAGCCGUAUUUUAACUGCAUAAGCUUGAGUCCUUUCGCAGGCCUUGGUUGGAGGCAACCCAGGACAUGUGAGUAGGAGGAGAAGCACAGAACCGAAGACUUAAAUGGCACACACUGAUCUGUGCUUGAAAAAAGGUUUUAGAAGAAUGUUCUGACACCCAGCAAACACAAAAACACCAAACAAAGUCAAAUAUAAAUACCCCUCAUUCAUCUUAGGAGGGAUUCACUAUUUAUAGAUGGUGCUUGUCAUUUCAGACAAAGAAAACAAUUCUUCUCACACCUUGCUAAAUAUUCAUUGCUCUACAUGUAACAUUUCUCCCCUCAGUAAUUAUCCCAUUACUAUUCUGUUGUGCUUUUUCAUAGAAAUACAAGAUGCAGAGCUUGUUGCACAGAAAAGUGCCACACUGGCAUGAAGGUAAAUUGCUAUAUUUAACCCAACAAAGGCUGCAAAAUAGAUGUAGAUGUAGUGACCACGGUGUGAUGUUGUGAAAGGUAAAGAUUUCUCACAAAAGAAUAUUGAAGUAUUUUUGGAUUUUUAAAUAAAAUAUUUAGACAUUGCAGAAAGAUCAUCCUUAUUUUUUGUAACCACACAAAUAUACUGAUCAAGAGUUAACUUAAGAUUAUUCAUAUUUAGAUCACUAGUAUUUUGGAUUUUCAGAUCAUUUAUUAUGAGCAAGUAUUAAUCAGAAUACAUUCACUAUUUGUAUGUGACUGAAAUGUGUUCAUCCUCAUUUCAUGCUGAGACUGAAACUACAGAUUUAAUUGGAUGCAGAGGACUCUUCACCCAGAAAACAUUAACAGAAACUUCCCUUUGCUGGUUGAGAGAAAUGUAGUGCCUUUGUCGCAUAUGGGAAUUUUGUAGGUGUUUAAAUAGAUCAGAAAAAGAAACCAUAACUGAUCACAAUUCAGCUCUACUCCUUUAUGUACUGUCUUCAACUUGUGAACAUUUGUAAGGAGAUAUGAUGCUGUGAUGGGUUUGUGAAUAAAAGAAUCUAUAUAAAUGUAAUGAAAGUUAGCCUGAUAAAGUUACUGUAUUAACAGUUCUCA